AGGGACCGAAAGAACAAGGAAAUGUCAACUAACGAGACCACACAUCAGCAUCCUCCGAAUUCAUUUUCUAUAUUUUUCAACCACCAACACGUCUCUCUCUCUCUCUCUCUCUCUCUCUCUCUGGUUUUCCUUUUCUCUCCAGUCUCUGUAACUCGUUCGAAGACGCGCAGUAGAGAGAGACAAGAUCCUUCAACCAAAAAAAUGGGGGUGGAUGUGCUGAGUGAAAGAGCGGCCAUGAUGAGAGAGGCUCUGCAAAAGAGCCAAUCCAUCACAGACACCAUGGUCUCCACCCUUGGCUCCUUUGACCACCGCCUCUCCGCUCUCGAGACCGCUAUGCGUCCCACUCAGAUUAGAACGCAUGCUAUACGGAGAGCUCAUGAGAACAUUGACAAGACAUCAAAGGCUGCGGAGGUUAUAUUGGCUCAAUUUGAUCUCUCUCGUCAGGCGGAGGCUAAAAUACUCAAAGGUCCUCAUGAAGACCUGGAGGGUUAUCUUGAAGCAAUUGAGCAGUUACGAAGCAACAUUCGAUUUUUCAGCAAUAACAAAAGCUUUAAGAGUAGUGAUGGAGUGCUCAACCAUUCAAACAAUUUACUUGCUAAGGCAAUUGCAAAGUUGGAAGACGAAUUCAAGCAACUCCUACAAUCCUACAGCAAACCUGUGGAACCUGAACGUCUUUUUGAGUGCCUCCCAAGUGCGCUGCGGCCUUCAUCCGAAUCUCCAGGAAACCAGGGCAAUGGCAAGAAUGGUCACUCUGAACACCAAAAUGGUAACCUGGAAAAUGCUGUUUACACACCUCCUGCUCUCAUACCUCCACGGAUUUUACCGUUGCUGCAUAAUUUAGCCCAGCAAAUGGUUCAAGCUGGCCACAAAAAGCAGUUGCUAAAAAUAUACAGGGAUACCCGUUCUUCAGUUUUGGAAGAAAGCAUUCUCAAAUUGGGAGUUGAAAAACUUAGCAAAGAUGAUGUCCAGAAGAUGCAGUGGGAGGUUUUGGAGGCUAAGAUUGGGAAUUGGAUUCAUUUUAUGCGGAUUGCUGUUAAACUUCUCUUUGCUGGGGAACGGAAAGUCUGCGAUCAAAUGUUUGAAGGCAUUGAUUCCCUCAGGGAUCAGUGUUUUGCUGAAGUUACCGCCAGUAGCGUUGCUGUGCUACUUAGUUUUGGAGAUGCGAUUGCCAAAAGCAAGAGAUCUCCAGAAAAGUUAUUUGUGCUAUUAGACAUGUAUGAAAUAAUGAGAGAGCUUCACUCUGAGAUUGAAACACUUUUCAACAGUCAACCUUGUAGUGAAAUCAGGGAAUCUUCGAUGGGUUUGACAAAGCGGCUUGCCCAGGCAGCCCAAGAGACUUGUGGUGAUUUUGAAGAAGCAGUUGAAAAGGAUGCAACUAAAACUGCUGUGUUGGAUGGAACCGUCCAUCCUUUGACAAGCUAUGUCAUUAACUACGUGAAGUUUUUAUUUGACUAUCAGUCAACCUUGAAGCAACUUUUUGAAGAAUUUGAGAAUGGUGAGCAAACACAUCCGCAGUUGGCCUCUGUAACUAUGCGUAUAAUGCAGGCUCUUCAAACCAAUUUAGACGGAAAAUCAAAGCAGUAUAAGGAUCCAGCUCUGACUCACUUGUUUCUUAUGAACAAUAUCCACUAUAUGGUCAGAUCUGUACGAAGGUCCGAAGCAAAGGAUUUGUUAGGGGAUGACUGGGUCCAAAGACAUAGGAGGAUUGUGCAGCAGCAUGCCAAUCAGUAUAAGAGGAUUGCUUGGGCAAAGAUUCUGCAGUGCCUCACUAUACAAGGGGCGAAUUCAUCUGGGGGUGGCAGCUCAAUUGGUGCUGAUGGAGGAAGUAGUGGAGUUUCAAGAGCAUUAGUUAAAGACAGGUUGAAGACGUUCAAUAUCCAGUUUGAGGAGCUUCAUCAAAGACAGUCUCAAUGGACAGUUCCUGACAGUGAGUUGCGAGAAUCUCUGAGGCUUGCAGUUGCUGAGAUUCUGUUGCCAGCGUACAGAUCUUUCAUUAAGCGCUAUGGUGCUUUGGUUGAGAGUGGGAAGAACCCCAUGAAGUAUAUCAGGUACUCGGCAGAGGAUCUUGACAGAAUGCUCGGUGAAUUUUUUGAAGGGAAGACCUUAAAUGAAUCCAAGCGGUAGGGGAACACAGGAUGAGUAAGAAGGGGAAAAAAAAGAUGGCCUCUCAAGUAAGAUGGGUUCUUUUGGCCCUGCCUAGUGCCUGUAUUUGUUAUCUUCUUGUUACCAAGAAAGAAGGGAAGAAAAUAAAAGCAGCCAUUGCCUUCUGAAUUCCUUAGCCAUGUGUAGUGGUGCUAUCUUCUUGUUGGUGGUGGUGGUGGUGGUGGUGGUGGUGGUGUUUGUUUCGGUAUUCGUUGUUGGUUCCGUAAUCUUGUAUAGGUGACACUGAUUUUCCAGUUCUUGUUUCAAGUAGUGAAAGAUGCAUUUUUAAACUCUUCUUGUCUGGAUAAGAUUUUCUUUGUAAUACUGGAGUGAUCAUAUUCUUUUAGCAGCAAAUUAGGCAGAAAUUGGCAUGACCCGAAACUAUCCAAGGAGCUUCAUCACCAUGUUUCAGAAACUGGGCUCUCUAGAUGUGAAGAUAUUGUAACAUGGAAUCGUGUUGGCUGUUAAUUUGCAGAAAUAUGAUUUUCCAGUUCUUGUUUGAAGUAGUGGAAUAUGCAUUUUAAACU